CGAGUACGAGGCAUAUCGUAGGCCCCUCUGGCAGGCUUACCGACCCCCGUUGCAUGCUGGCGCAGAUAGCAGGCCCUUACAGAGCAUCUUUCUCGACCACCGCGGACAGCAUCAGCGCUCACGUCAUAUGACAUUCUCUGCCCUCUGCACGUCGCUGACAUGCUCUGCGCGUCCCCCGCCUUAUAAAGCCCUGGCUUGCAAUCCCACCUUCCCCUUCUCAUCCCUAUCGAUCUCCGCGCGAACAUCACCCAUAUCCGCCUUAUCUGCAUCGCGCCCUUUCACCCCCCCAGCAUCCGUCGCGCACACGUCGACUCCUACGACCACCAUAACAUCUCGCACUCUCACCGCGACUCGCAGGUUAUCCAACGUACGCCGUGCGGUGCAUGCUAUUCAGGCACCGCUUUUGACCCCCAUCUAGCUCUCUAGAACUAUCACAACAUCAGCUGCCUCCAGCAUGCCUCCAGUCACACAGCCGGGACGCGACAAGUACGACAUUGUCUGGAUUGGUGGUGGAAGCGGUGGUGUAGCGGGAUCUCGUCGUGCAGCAUCGUAUGGUGCUAAGGUUGCCCUCAUUGAGGCCACACCCAAGUUGGGCGGUACAUGUGUCAAUGUCGGAUGCGUGCCCAAAAAGAUCAUGUGGCACGCGGCAGAUAUUGCUGAGAAGAUCCGCCACGCCGAGAAUUACAAGUUCAAGGGUACGGCCAACGUCGCCAAGGAGGGCGUCGAGCUCCACGAGGGCAACGCAGUCGUCACGUCCCCCACCACCGUCGAGGUGAAGCGGCCCGACGGCUCAACCUACACGCUCAACACUGACAAGAUCGUCGUCGCGACGGGCGGGCGACCGACAAUCCCCUCGGACGACCAGAUACCCGGCGCGAGUCUGGGCAUCAACUCGGACGGGUUCUUCGACCUCGCGGAGCAGCCGAAGCGCGUCGCGGUCGUGGGCGCAGGCUACAUCGCGGUCGAGCUGGCGGGCGUGCUCCACACGCUCGGGAGCGAGGUGCACAUGUUCAUCCGCGGCGAAACGGUCCUGCGCACGUUCGACCCGUCGCUGCAGGAGGUGCUCACGAAGUGGAUGGAGCACACCGGCAUCAACUUCCACAAGGGCUCCAACAUUAAGAAGGUGGAGGGCGCGAAGGGACAGGCGAUCACGCUGCACACGGACAAGGGCGAGGCGGUCGAGGUAGACUGCUUGCUCUGGGCGAUCGGCCGCCAUUCGAAUACGGAGGGACUGGGCUUGGAGAAGCUCGGCGUGGAACUGGACAAGAAGGGCAACGUCGUCAUUCCCGGCAUAUACGCGCUGGGCGAUGUUGCUGGCAAGGCCCUGUUGACGCCUGUGGCAGUUGCGGCAGGGCGGAGGCUGAGCAAUCGGUUGUACGGCGGGGGGAAGUACAAGACUGACCACCUCGACUACACGAACAUCUCAACCGUCGUCUUCUCCCACCCAACCAUCGGCACCGUCGGCCUGACCGAGCCUGAAGCCCGCGAAAAGUACGGCGCCGAGAACAUCAAGAUAUACAAGUCAAACUUCCGCGCGCUCUACUUCUCCAUGAUCAACGAGGACCACAAGGAGCCGUCGAUGUACAAGCUGAUCGUGACGGGCCCCGAGGAGAAGGUGAUCGGGAUCCACAUCAUCGGUCUGGGCAGCGACGAGGUCAUGCAGGGCUUCGGCGUCGCGGUCAAGAUGGGCGCGACAAAGCAGGACUGGACGAUACCGUGGCGAUCCAUCCCACAGCUGGUCACCCUCCGGUGAAUGCCUGAUCCGGGAGGAUCCCAAGAGUGGACUGAUGACAUCGCGUGAGCACGGCACGAUGGAUGGUGUCGUAUGGCGGAUAAAGUGAAAGAAGUACUGGUACAGUCCUGGUAUUGUAUAUGUUAUACGCGUUUUCUGGCAGACUGAUCAAUCAGGACGGUCAUCGAUGAACCGAUAUGCUCGAAGUCAGCGGAGCCGCGGCUGCAAACCGUACAGCCGUGACGAAUUGCUACAUCGUGGCCCUGCACGCGAUGUUCGUAGGAGAAUGAGAUAUGCACCAGAUUGCAAGUAUCGCGGCUGUGGGCCACAGGAAGUGACUCCAAGUCUCCAUUAGCC